UGCCACUGUAGGAAGUUCUCUGGUGAACAUAUCUGAUUUGUGGGUGGAAUAGAAUUUUUUCCACUCCCUUUGUUAUAUUCUUUGUACUUUUGCAUUCUCUUAAUCUAACUGAGGAAAGUUCCUAAAAGACAAGAGAUAACCCUUUGAUGACAACAGAAUCUCUUUCAUUUCCACGAAGACCAUGAAGUGAAGACAUCUGCAGGCCAUGAACACAGGCAGUUUGGCACUGGAUUUUUUCGUUUUGAUGCUGGUAGUGAACAAACCAUGUCUGUAUGGGAAUGAGGCCGAUAACUGCUCCACUGAUGUUACUGUCAAGAGAGAAACCAAGAUAUCCAUCAAAUCUGGUGAUUCAGUUACAAUAGAGUGCCCUGUGAAAUACUGCCAAAAACAGCCUAAAAUGAAUUGGUACAAGUAUAAUGCAAGGCUCCAGGACUUCUCCAUUUUGCAUACUGGACAAAAUCAUAACGAGUCAUGGAUAAGUGAGAACAUUUUUGUUUUGAAAUUUCCAUCUAUCAAUAUAAGUGACAGCGGACUAUAUCGCUGUGAAGCAAUUUUGGAUAUGAAUACCAUUGCGGGCCAUGCAAUAGAAGUUACUGUCCAAGAUAAUCACAUCACUGGAUUUGAAGGUGCUGAAAAUACUACAGAAGGUCAUGCAGCAUUUGAAAAUAAGAAGACAUUGAUUGUUUAUAUCCUGUCAUCCCUGGGAGCAUUGGGCCUCCUCUUUGUUUGCUGCUUUGGCCUGCUUCAUUCUAAAUGGAGGCAACAAGUGAAAAACAAGACAAUUUCAUCAACCUUAGAAAUGGAAAUGAAUGAGGUCAGUGACUAUAAGAAUAUCAAACCCUGCAGUGAUACUACUAGUCAUGUUUCCAACGAGGCAUCUUUUCCUCGCUUGCAACUGUUUACAGAUGGCAGUGCUAUCCACAUCAAUCUUAACAACAGCAAGAAGUCUAAAAGGGUAGGGGCAAAAGCUACAUGUGAUAAAUCUGUCACCAAUCAGCUCUUGCCUACCAAUCAAGAUGCCCUUGUUUAUGCAACGCUGGACCAUAGAGAACAUUUCCAGGGAAGCAAUCACUUUGUAGAAUCUGAAUUCACUGAAUAUGCUGCCAUUAUGUUGAAAGCAUAAAUGUAGAUGAUUCCUCACUGGUUCCGAUGAUAUCAUGUCUUCUUUGUGACUCAACCAGGUUUCUCACAAGCAACACCCUGAUAAUUGAUUAGUAUAUGCUUUAAUAAUUAUCAAGCCAUCUGUUUCCAUUAGCAUUUACUUUUGUUGUAAUCAUUGAUCAGGAAAAUGAGUCUCAUGCUCGUUGACCAGUCUGUUCUAAUUUCAUAAAUUUCUGUACAGGCUCUUAUUACCACAAAUAAUGUUCUAAUCAAAACACAAUAUGUUGGAUUGCAUAGGCAGUCUGGUAGUCUUUUACCUAAAUCCCUUUUGCAGUUUCAGUUCACAAAAUCAUGAGAGAAUCUCAGUGUACAGAAUGAAUGUAUAUAUUUUCUAUUUGCUGAAAAUAAAAUUAAGAUAUCUU